GCUUAUUACAAUACGCGGAGUGAAAGAAAGAAUGAAUGAACAACAAAGUCGAUGGGUUGCGGUGAUUCUCUUAUUGCUAUACAUUGAUGCAUGCCAAAGCACCAUUACUAAUAUAGUGUGGCUGUCUAUCCAGAGAAUUACAAACACGGACAUCACUGAUAUCACAAGUAUAAACAGCAACCCUGUCACGUACACAAUCUCGGGGAGUAGCAUAGAAUCGACUUCUGCAACCAUUACUACGGAAUUUGGAUACGAUAGACAGGUUUAUCGCCCAGAAUCGUAUGGAACAAACGAGCACGGAAGCGUGGAUGAUUUUGAGUGGGCCCAGCACGGAAUUUUUCCAUUUGUUGAAGUUGUAUGGUUGCCUAAUGAGAAUAGAUAUCACGAAGAAGGAUUCCAUAAAGUCUUCACAAGUUACAAAUCAGUAUCGGAAACUGGAAGCGUUGACGUUUUACCCUCCACUAACUAUGGAACGGGUACGAAUGUAUUGACCAAUAAUCAAUGCACUUAUUCGUAUGUGGCGACUCAAACACAAUUCACAAGUCACGAAACAAUCAUCGUUAUUCAUUUUGCAGUUCAAUCCUAUGGCCAGACUGUCAGAGAUAUACCUUUGUCGAUACAAUCUAGUAGUACUCUAUCCGAGGUACGCGUUUUAUUCGGGCAAAGAUAUAUUUUAUUUGGAUCUGCGCUGUUCAUGAAAACACAGACUAAUGAAAUGACUCUGCAAAAUGUUGGCGACAUCACAGAUAUACUAACGGAAAAAUUUUGUGCUGAAAUAGUGGAGCACUUCUGCUGCGAUUCAGGGACACAAGGGGUCAACUCUGAUGGAGAACCAAUUUGCACCUGUGCAGCAGGUUUUUUUGGUGAUUGUUGUGAUAUGACAUGUCAGCAAGGAAAUAUAAUAACCUUGCAGCCAAAUGGAGGAGAGAUCUGCGACUGUGCAUUGGGAUGGGGUGAAGAACAAUGCCGAAUUGAAAGUCAUGCCGCGCAUUUCGUUUCUAAAAUGAAAUACAAGAAAGAAUGCCAAGCUAAAGUCGCUGAUCACUACGACUAUCUAUAUUUACAUCUUGAUUCUGGUCUGCACAUAGCAGAAGUUGACAAUGUGGCAGAUAAAUUUGUAACGGAAAUCGACUAUACUAUUGGAACUAGAUCAACAUCCGCUAUUUUUGGACAAUUUGGUAGUAAUCCAGUCACACCAUAUGAGACAGUUGGGUCAGUAUAUACGAAUGAUUUUCUUUUUGCAAUGGAACUUCCUGAGAGAACAACACACGUUGGAACAUGGACGGUAUGGAUACUUCAUGAGGGAAUUGAUGCGAGCCUCACCGAAUCAGAAAUGUCCGGUCAUUUCAUAAGUGGCACCUGUGGCAUUUGGUAUCACGUUCUUCAAAGGUACAAUGCAGCUAAUUCGGAUUCAUCAGCAACAGCUGAUGUUUUCUUCGUUGUCGGACAAGCAGGGUAUUCGAAAUUUCCGACAAGCCUGUCUCUGGUUGCUGAUCUAGUACCAACCACAACUGAUGACUAUAAAAGUAAAUGCACUGUUACCGGUGAACUUUCUGGAUUGAUCUUAGGAUAUACUCUUAUUGUAACAGAUGCCGGAGGCCAAAUUGCAGAGGCUGAACUCCUCGAUCUUGUUACUUGUUACGCUGAUUAUGCUUGUGACUCGUUACCAAAGGCAUUUGAAUGUCAAAAUGGAGUGGUAACACUAGAAGGAAAUAUUCCCUCGUGUACCUGCAACGAAGGAUGGGUCGGGCCUGCUUGUAAAUAUCCAGCUUGCUGAAGUUCAUGGAGAGAGGAAAAAUUCUUCAGAUGGAAUCCAGAUGGAAAUUAUUUUUAUUUUUUAAAAAAGUCUAUUAUUAGUGUGUUGUAUUUUCGUUCUGCUAUGUUAUGUGAAUCUCAGCCCAAAACAAGCCACCUCAGUGCGUCGAGCAUAUUGGUUACCAAGCAGUACCAGAUUUCAUAGAUAUUUCUAGUGAGUACUGGCAAUUGUAAACCCUCUGUGUCCUUACUUCCAUAAACUACUGACAAAUUUGGAUGUAGAAUUAUAAAUGCUGUUUUCAGUUCGUGGAAACAUUAACUGGUACAAUAUAUAUUUAUUAUAUUAAUAUCGUGUUUUACAUUAAUUGUGAUAUACAGCAGUUCAACCGUAAACUACCUAUGGUCUUGUGAUAGGUAUAAAUUAUUUUCCUAUAUAGAGAAAUCGUCUCAUUGACUUUCCUCUGGGAUAAAU